AUGGGAAAGCUCAUUCGCCUAGAGCUCUUCAACUUCAAAUCGUAUAAGGGCCACCACACCCUCUUGUUCGGCGAUUCCUACUUCACUUCUAUUAUCGGCCCCAAUGGAUCUGGCAAGUCGAACUCCAUGGACGCGAUUUCCUUCGUACUUGGCAUCAAGUCGUCACACCUCCGAUCAGCCCACUUAAAAGACCUUGUGUACCGCGGUCGCGUACUCAAAACCUCCAAGAUCCAAGAUGACGGUUCUGCCCAACCAAAUGGCCAGUCGAACGGCCAUGGGAACGGUGAAGGAGAUGAAUUGUCGCAAAAGGCUUCGCGGGGCGAUCCCAAGACCGCAUGGGUCAUGGCUGUCUACGAAGACGAUGCGGGCGAUGAGCAAAAGUGGAAGCGCUCUAUCACAAACCAGGGAUCCAGCGAGUAUAGGAUCAAUGAUCGCGUUGUAACCGCUCAGCAGUACAAUGAAGCGCUCGAGUCGGAAAAUAUCCUGAUUAAGGCUAGGAACUUCCUCGUAUUCCAAGGAGACGUCGAAGCCAUUGCUGCACAAUCACCCCAAGACCUCACAAGGUUGAUCGAACAGAUCUCCGGAAGUCUGGACUACAAGGCCGAAUACGAAAGACUACAGACCGAAGCCGAGCAAGCCGCCGAAAAUCAGAGCUUUCAGCUUCACCGGAGACGUGGUAUCAACUCCGAAAUCAAGCAGUAUCAGGAACAGAAGAAAGAAGCCGACAACUUCCAAAGAAAAACGGAGGAGAGGGACGAAGCUAUCGUCAAGAAUGCCCUGUGGAAACUGUACCACUUUCAGCGCGGCAUGGAUGAGUCUACUGAGCAAAUUCAUGACCACCAACAGAACCUGCAGGAGUUUCAGCGCAACGUUGAGUCCUUCAAAAGAAAGCUUGAGGCCGCCCAAAAGGAGCAGCAGGCAGCGGCCAAGGAGGUUCACGGUGUGGAAAAGGCCAUCAAUACCAAGAAGCGGGAAUUCGACGAGCUUGAGCACAAGCUUAUUCCCAUCGACGCCAAGAUCGAAGAAAAGACACGCAAUAUCGAGCAAUGCCGCGCACGAAUGGAGCCUGUCCGCAAAGAGCGUGACAAGCAGGCUGAGGUGAUCAAAGAGGAUGAGGGUCGGCUCAAAACCACUGAGAAAGCCCAGAAGCAUUUUGAGACACAACUAAAGGAACGUAUGAAGAAGCUCGGUAAGGAGCUCAACGAGGAUGACCGCAAGGAGUACAACACUCUUCGCUCCCAGGUUGUACAGAAGUGCGCCGGCAACCAAGCAAGACUCGACAACCUGAUUCGCCAACAGAAGACCGACGAGGUCACUGUGAAUACGCUCAAAGGCAAGGUCGACACCCUCUCGGCCGCUCUGGAGAAGUACGAAGGGGAGCUGGAGACUCUCGGUGAACGGAAGGCGUCAACCGAAGGCAACAUUAAGGCAUUGUCUCAGGAGAUCGACACCAAGAAGAAGCAAUACCACCAAAUCCAGUCGGAGCGUGUCAGGACCAGCCAAAGGCGUACGGAGUUGGAAGAAAAACUUGAGAACGUGGCUAAGCAACUGCGCGAGGCAGACGAUGGCCGUCGACAGAACGACCGAGAAGCUAGGAUGAAGGAGAUGGUCAACAACCUGAAGCGGCUCUACCCGGGUGUCAAGGGCAGAGUCGGCGACCUAUGCAAGCCCAAACAGAAGAAGUAUGACGAAGCUGUCAGCAUCGCUCUGGGCCGAGACUACGAGUCAGUUAUUGUUGAUACGGAAAAGACGGGCCACGAAUGUGUCCAGUACCUUAAGGACCAACGCUUCCCGCCAAUGACCUUCAUUCCUCUGGACAACAUCAAAGUCAAUGCUGUAAACGGGGCUAUCAAAGGCAUCUCGGGAGCCCGGCUCACCAUUGACACUAUCGAUUUCGAUGCUGCGUACGAGCGCGCUAUGGCUUACGCUUGCGGGAGCUCAGUCGUGUGCGACAAUGAGCAGGUUGCAAAACUCAUCUCGUAUGAAAGGCGCAUUCCUGUGAAGACAGUCACUCUGGAUGGGCUAGUCAUCCACAAAACUGGUAUGAUGACUGGCGGCCGUGGUCCAGAGCCCAAGGGCGGAAAGCGGCGUUUCGAGAGCACCGACUUGGAUUCGUUGAAGAAUUUAGCGACCAAGUACAAGGAGGAAAUCGAGAAGCUUCCCAAGUCCGGUCGUCGCAGCACCGCCGAAGAAUCUCUCCAGAUCGAAAUUCACGGGCUUGAGCCUCGCCUGGCGAACGCGAAGGCUGAAUUGGCACACCUGAAUAAGAACUAUGACAGCAAGAAGAGAGAGAGAGAUAAUGAGGAGAGACAACUUGACGAGCUCGUGCCCAAAUACGAAGAAAAGACAGCGGAGCUCGAAGCAACGAAGCGGACUGUCAAGGAGUUCUCUGACGCUAUCGCCAAGGUGGAAGAUGAAGUUUUUUCCGGCUUCUGCGGGAGGCUCGGCUUCAGCGACAUUCGUGCGUACGAGACAGAGCAUAGAGACAUGCAACGAGAGGCCGACGAGGAGCGUGCCAAGUUCGAGGUGCAGAAGUCCCGAUUCCAGAGUCAACUUACCUUGGCACGGGACAUGCACAGCAACCUAGAAAAACGACUCAGGAAGCUGCAGGAAGCUCUCAAAGCUGCCGAACGCGACUUGCAGACCUACCAGCAGGAGAAGUCAGACAUCGAAGAUGCCACGCACGAAGUCUCUGACGAACUGGACGCGCUCAGCGAGACGCUUGAGGAGUACCGCGGCAAAUUGGCGGAGAAAAACCACAAGGUUUCCCAGGCCAAGGCUGAGGUCCACAAACGUAGCAAGGAGAUUGACGCCAGGCAAAAGGAGAUAAAUGCCCUGGAGACUGUGGUGCAGAAGAACAGUGCGGGCAAGUUCGCAUUGCUUAGGCGAUGCAAGCUUGACCAGAUUCAGAUUCCCUUACUCGAGGGCUCGCUUGACAACCUACCGAACGAGGACAACAUGCUGCGGCAAGACGCCGACGCCAUGGAUGUUGACGAGGAAGUGGACGAGGAGGAGAUGAUGACCGCUGCUCUUGAGAACUACGGGAUCGAGGUUGAUUACGAGGGUCUGGAUGAAGAGAUGAAAAACUCCAACGAUGCUAGUGUCGAGGAGAAGUUGCAGGACAAGAUUGCAUCACUGACCUCGGAACUUGAGAAGCUCAACCCCAACAUGAGGGCGAUCGAGAGACUGGAGAGCGUUGAGUCGAGGUUGAAGAACACGGAAAAGGAAUUCGAGGACUCCAGAGCGGCUCUUAAGGCGGCCCGCGAUGCGUUCAACAACGUUAAGGCUCAGCGGUAUGAGCUAUUCAACAAGGCCUUCACGCACAUCCAGGAACAGAUCUCGCACGUUUACAAGGAUCUUACGCGAUCGGAAGCCUAUCCCCUGGGCGGCCAAGCGUAUCUCGACAUCGAGGAGGACACGGACACUCCCUAUCUUUCGGGUAUAAAAUAUCACGCCAUGCCACCCCUGAAGCGAUUCAGGGACAUGGAGCACCUUUCCGGAGGUGAGAAGACGAUGGCUGCGCUGGCUCUACUGUUCGCCAUCCACAGCUACCAGCCUAGCCCGUUCUUUGUGCUGGACGAGGUCGACGCUGCAUUGGACAAUGCCAACGUCGACAAGAUCAAGAAGUACAUUCGUGAGCAUGCUGGCCCUGGUAUGCAGUUCAUCGUCAUCAGUCUCAAAACUGGCUUGUUUCAAGACAGUGAGAGUUUGGUCGGGGUGUACCGCGACCAAGAAGUCAAUAGUUCCAGAGCACUCACCCUCGAUCUCCGGAAGACCCUUGCGCCUUCCCCCAUCGGCGCCAUCGCACUGGGUCCCAUCAGCCUCAGACCAGGCGCCGCAAUGGUUGAACCCAGGUGGCAUGCACAACCCCAACAAUCGCCCUCCACAUUGACUUCGUCCUCACCUCACGUCAACUCAUCUUACCCAACGUCGUACAUCAAGACUCUACGCAUAUUUAACAGCUUUGACGAGGGAGACGGCGCAAUGGCGCAGCCGUUGGAUCUCGCAAAAACUCUAGUCAAGUCUGUCAUGCGCGCCUUCUACGAAACGCGCCACAUUCUAAUCAUCGACGCUUUGAUCAUUCACUCUGCGCUUCGUGACGAUGACUUGGCUUACCUGAUGGCGACGAAUACAAAGGAUCUCCAUAAAGCAUGCGGAAAGCUCAGGGAAGACCGCUUUCUCGCAGUAUACACAAGAUUGGAAUAUCGCGAAGACCCCAAGAAUCCCGAAGCGAAACCUCGUCCCGUCAACCGAACAUACUACUACAUCGACUACCGCCAGACCAUCGAUGCCAUCAAGUGGCGUGUGUACACCGUCGACAAGCAGAUACAGGGCACCACAGUGCCAGCGAGCGAGCGCAAAGAAUACUUCUGUGGGCGCUGCAAAUCGGAAUGGACGCAGAUGGAGGUGCUCGAUAAUGUUGGCCCCGAGGGCUUCGUUUGUCACCGGUGCGGCGCUCCGCUCACCCACGAUCUUGAGCGCAACUCGACCGGCCACGAGCAAUCAACACGACUUAACAACCAAUUCAAGUUCAUCACCGAACUUCUGCCACGGAUCGACGAGAUGGUUGUACCUGACAAUACGUUCGAUGUUGCAAUCAGCAAAGCCCUGCCCGUCGUCCGCGAUGCGAGCUACCAAUCCGUUACAACCAUACCCGUUUCAUCCUUGCAACCCACAUCAGUCAAGGGCCUCGAUAACGUCGGACCAAAGUCAAUGUCUGUCAGCAUCUCCACAUCAGACGGACCAUCAGAGGCAGAAAAGGCAGCGGAGAAGGCGCGCAAAGAGAAGGUUGCACAGCAGAAUGCGCUUCCGUCGUGGAUGUCGAACAGUACCGUCACUGGCGAGUCUUUCUCGGCCCAGGCAGGUCCGACGGCUGCCACCAAGACAGAAGAAACGGAUGACAAGGACGCCGUGAUCAAAUCAGCAGACAACCCAGAACACGCAGAGCUGGACGACUACUUCGCUCGCCUCAAGGCUGAGCAGGAGGCCGAAGCGGCAAGGGCGAUGGAGGAAGAAGAGGACGACGAUGAAGAUGAUGAAGAGGAGGAUGCUUUUGAGGAUGUGACGCCAAGUAUCGCGACCCCAGCUCCGCUUAUCAAGACGGAGCCAUCACCUGACUCAGAAGAAAGAGUAGUCAAGAAGGUUAAGGUAGAAGCACCCGCGGAUGGAGAUGAUGGCGAGAGUGACGAAGACAUGGAAUUCGAGGACGUCUAG